UGAUAAAAAACGAUGAUUGCGCUAGUUGCCAAAAUAAUUAACUUAUUCGCCUUGACCGUUCGAAGUGUUUUACUUGGAGCUUCAUUCGUCGGACAUGUAAUAUUUCUUGCAGUUGCAGGCGUCUGUACGGCACUGGUAAACUUUGUUGAUAGUGUUCGAACGUUUAUUCAGAUAGUUUAUGAAGACAACUUACCGAUCUUCAACGAGGACAUACCCAACUUCACCAAUGAUGUUAUCGACACGUUCGUCAGCCAAGUGGUGUUCGUCUGGAACGGUGUGACGAAGGUUUACAGCGACAUAUUUCUCAAAUUCAGUGCCAUCGUGGUCUCCAUCAAGUGGCUAAUAGACUCAGUGUUUCUGGUGAUUUCUGAGGUGUUAUACAUUAUAAAAAGUGCUGUGAUAUGUUUAGGGGAUGCACUAUGGCUCAUAGUUACGUUUAUUCCUGUUCAGCUGCCUCAGCUGGUGAAGCAGUUGCUGAGGUACUUAACAGAAAUAGCCAUAGAUGGGAUUGUAAGUGCUUACAUGACGUUGUUGAAGUUUACCAACUUCCUGACUGAUGUGCCUUUGGAGUCAUUUAUGGGUAUAAUUAGUGCUAUAGUUAUUGUGCGUUUGUGCAUACAUUUUAGAGAGGAUAUUCAAACUAGGUUUACGUCACUUUAUUGGUCUGUGGUAAGAAAUAGUAUGUACUUGUAUCAUCUGUUUUACAAUUAUUUUACUGACUCGGAGGUGAGGGUGAUAACUAGUUUAGUGGGUGGCAGGGAGGCCCGUGUGAGGGAGGCGGAGGCCAUCUUGCGAGCAGCCAAUGAUGCUGCGGAUGCUGCUGAUGCACUGUGCGUCAUUUGCCAAGAACGGCAAAAAUGUGUUCUGACACUGCCAUGUCGCCACAUCUGCCUGUGUAGUGAGUGUUGUAUGAGACUGUAUGGGUAUCAAAGGACUUGUCCUAUUUGUAGAACUUUCAUUUACCACUCUGUCACUGUGUACUUGUGACAGACAUACUUUACAUUCCUGGCUUGAGGCAUUUUCUCAAUUCCAAUUUAGAUUUACCAAAGAUCAGGCUCACUUAGUUAAGCUGAAAUGUAUCCACUGACUUGAUCUUCAAGGUCUUAUUGAGGUGACUUUCAAAUAAAAAAUAGUGAGUUACAAAUUGUUCAAUUUACUUAUUGAAGAUCUGUUUCUUCUAAUUUGUUUUGUAGAAAAUUGUUCUUAUACAGCUAUUGUAAUAACUUUCUGCAUAGUUGUUUUAAAUUAUACAAGAGAUCUAAAAUGUAAGAAUGGAUACAUCAAUUGUGUAUUAU